AUGUUUCAGAUGAAUGGGCCUGGACCUUCAUCAGUAGGUUCCACUAGUAACACUAAUCAUCCUUCCUCAGUUAGUCAUGGAAAUUAUAUGGGACCAGGAACAGUGGUACAGUCUCAAGCCACAGCUCAAGCACCAGCACAUACUACUUCACAGCAGAACACGCCUUCCCAGCCUAGUGUUUUGCAAGAAUUAUUAUUGAAUCCAUCAAAUCAGAACAACCAAACUUUGAAUAGCCCACGUCCACCAUUCACCUCUCAGUAUCAAACAAGGAGUCCAGUAACAAGUGCUACGAUGAUCACCUCAGGAAAUUGUCCUUCAAAUGUAGCGCUCUCUGUUUCGCCACGAGGAUUACGGGCAUCUGGUCCGCAGUUAUAUGGGCCUGCAGGUCAUAGUGAUAUGACCAUGCAGCAGAAUGCUGGAACUCAGCUUGGUCAUCCAGGUCAACAAGGAAGUUAUGUUUCUUCUCAAAUUAUGCCUCCACAUAAUCAGCAACCUCCUCAGUCUCUGUCAUACGCCUACCAACCACCAGGUUCUCGACCAGUAUAUGCUAAUACAGGUUCUCGAGCGGUUUAUGCAGGGACUACACGUGGUGGUGCACCACAAUCCGUAGGUAUGACUCGAAAUGGUACUCCUAUUAUGCUUAAUGGGGCCUCGGCUCCACGAAUGAGAGCUACUCAUCAAGGCAUAAUGACAAUGCCGCAAGGAAAUGGACAAAUGAUGCGAGCAGUAAUGGUUCAGCAAGGUCCACCAUACGAUCAAAAUAGCUACACUUUGCCUCCGCAGCGUACUUCAGAUCCUUAUGGCAUUCCACCGACACAAACUGGAGCAUCACAAAAUUAUGCUCAGCUGACACAAGGUCAUUUGGUAGCCAGAAAUCAACCACUGCCCUAUGCAAAUGCACCAAAUGCUCCACCAACAAUGCAAAAUAGUGCGAUAAUGUCACACAUAAUGGAGCAUUCGACAAUGUCACCGCAACAACAACCGAGCCAACAACCACCACCAACUCCUUCAUCGUCACUAACUCAUGGAAAUGUAAUGUCAUCUCAAAUGAGCACAUCCGCAGCUACAGUAGCGACAGCUUCGGGUGUCAUCUCGGGCCUAAAAUCUGGAUUGUCGUCAAGUCUACCUCCAACUCAAAUUUCAUCAAUAAGCACUUCAGCAGCUAGUCAAAUGCAACAGUUUACUGGUAUGAACAGCAGUACACUUCGAGAAGGGUCAUCAAUAAGCAAUGCACUUCCAACUAGUGCCUCACAUGGAAAUAAUCAAGACCCUGGUCGAAGGAAACUAAUUCAGUUACAAUUGGUGUUGCUUUUGCAUGCACACAAAUGUCAGCAAAGGGAAAGAUCUGCGGAGGGUGCGAAUGGACGAUACACUUGCACUUUACAGCAUUGCCCAACGAUGAAGGGCGUAUUACAGCAUAUGACGUCAUGUAAUAGUGGAAGUGCUUGUAAUUAUCCCCAUUGUCCAUCAUCACGACAGAUUAUCUCACACUGGAAGAACUGUGUGCGUGAUGACUGCCCUGUAUGUACACCAUUAAAAAGUAGACAAAAUGUUGUGCAAACAACGGAUCGGCGAACUAUUUCCGAAGGAAAUUAUUUGAACUCUAAUUCAGGUGCUGAAUCUUUUGGCUCUGCUAGUAUAGGAUCAACUCAAUCAAUGCAAUGUGGACCAAAUAGUACCACAGACGUAGAGGGUGUUAGUAUACCCAAUCGAAUCACUUCACAGUCCGGUCCUGUCACUUCUUUGCCGCCAAAUACAAACACACAAAACGUUCCAACGUUCGAUACUCCAGUCCCAACAGCAAGCAAUGCUUUUCUUAUAGACUUCAACCCAACGAAUGAUCCGUUUCGGUCACCAAACCCCCCAAAUAAAUUGGUGCCGUCUGUAGGGAAAACUUCCAGUAUUUCACUUGCUUCGAAAGACAUCAUUGGUUUGCCACCUCCAGAUGCACCAGCAGUCAAGAAAUUAUGGCAAAAAGAGGUAACCGAAGAUCUUCGAAAUCAUUUGGUCCAAAAACUUGUGGAAACUAUAUUUCCAUCUCCUGAUCCUGCAUCAAUUCACGAUCAGCGUAUCAAAGAUCUCGUCAACUAUGCUCGAAAAGUUGAACGAGAAAUGUUUGAAUUAGCCAAUCACCGCGGAGAAUAUUAUCAUCUGCUGGCAGAAAAAAUUUAUAAAAUUCAAAAAGAACUGCAAGAAAAGAAGAUCAAAAGGUUACAUGAACAAGGACAAGUGGGUGCUGUAGUUGGCGUACAGCCACCUCAGCCAGGUGUGGAUUUUGACAUGCCUGGACCACCGAAUCGAACAACUCCAUCAUUCCAACCAAAUAUUGGUAUCAAUCCACAGCAAAGGAAUGGAUUGUCUACCUCAGCAUGUACGGGUGGAAAUGCUAUGACGAAUGGUCAGGCUGUGAGUUCAGGGAUAAAAAUGGAAGUGCCUGAUGAUGUGACUAUCGGUACUGAACUAACAAGUACUACAGAUGUCCUAGGAUGUUCCUUGAAACCUGGAACAUCGAAUACAGUAAAUGGCGAAAAAAGUAGGUCAUCGAUAGGUGUUACGAAAACUGAGGUCAAAACUGGUAAAGCUGAUAAUAAAGGGGAUGUAAAAAUGGAAGAAAGAAAGGAGUUACCUGACAAGGUAUUCGAUGCAAACGAAUUACGAAACAAUUUGAAACCGGUAUUAGAUAAGCUUCUCAGUAUGGAAGAAUCAAUACCGUUCAGAAUUCCAGUAGACCCUGAAAUUCUUGGCAUUCCGGAUUAUUUCGAUAUUGUGAAGAAACCGAUGGAUUUGUCAACAGUUAGUCGAAAACUGGAUACCGGAGAGUAUAAGAAUCCAUGGGGUUUCAAUGAUGACAUGUGGUUGAUGUUUGAUAAUGCUUGGCUUUAUAAUCGGAAGAACUCGAAAGUGUACAAAUAUUGCAAUAAGCUAAGUGAAGUGUUUGUGGAAGAAAUUAAUCCAGUUAUGCAAAAGAUGGGUUAUUGUUGCGGGCAGAAAUUGUCAUUUACGCCUCUAGCACUGUUUUGUUAUGGGCAGUCGAUGUGUACGAUUGCUCGAGAUCAAACAUAUCACGUUUAUGAAACAACAUCCACUCAGUAUCUUGUAACAGUUUCGGAGCGUUAUACUUAUUGUACGAAAUGUUUUGAAGCUUUACCGGAAAGUGGAAUAAGUUUGAGUGAGAACCCAAAUGAUACAUCGAACAUGGUACCAAAGUCAAAAUUUGUACAAAUGAAGAAUGAUCAAAUCGACUUUGAACCUUUUGAGAAAUGUAUAAAAUGUUUCCGAAAAUGGCACAGAGUUUGCGCUCUUUUCAGCAAAAAAGUUUUUCCAGAUGGUUUCAUUUGUGCAACUUGUCGUCAUGAGCAGAAUUUGGCACUAGCAGAAAACCGUUUCACAGCUAAGAAAUUACCACAUUGUCAGUUGUCAAGAUUUAUUGAAGAACGUGUAAAUAAAUUUAUGAAAAGUAAUCCAGCUGGUAAAGAUUACGAAGUGAUCAUCCGCGUACUUUGCGCAGCCGAUAAGGAAGUUGAAGUGAAACCUCUAAUGAAACAAAAAUAUGGUCCUCUUGGUUUCCCGGAAAAAUUUCCUUACAGAACGAAAGCAAUCUUUGCUUUCGAAGUUAUUGAUGGCGUAGAAGUAUGUUUUUUUGGUUUGCACGUACAAGAGUAUGGAAGUAAUUGUCCACCACCAAAUAGGAGAAGAGUGUAUAUUGCUUAUUUGGAUUCCGUGCAUUUUUUCCAACCGCGCCAGUUGCGUACAGAAGUGUAUCAUGAGAUUUUAUUAGGUUAUCUAAACUAUGCGAUGAUGUUAGGUUAUACAAUGGCCCAUAUUUGGGCGUGUCCACCAUCCGAGGGAGAUGACUACAUUUUUCAUUGUCAUCCACCCGAACAACGGAUACCAAAACCUAAGCGUCUUCAAGAUUGGUACAAAAAAAUGUUGGACAAAGGUGUUGGAGAACAUACUGUUUUUGACUAUAAAGAUAUAUAUAAACAAGCGCGAGAUGAGAAUUUAGUGACGCCGAUGGAAUUAUCUUAUUUUGAAGGUGAUUUUUGGCCAAAUGUAAUUGAAGAUUGUAUUCGUGAAGCGCAGAAUGAAGAGCAAGAGCGUAAGCGUCAAGAAGAGGCUGCUCGUCAAGAGCAGCAGCAUGCAGAGGAUGAAGAUGGUGAUGAUUUGUUCAAUGAUGGUGAUAAUGGAAAAAGUAAGAAAAACAGCAAAAAGAAAAAUAAUUUAAAAAAGGGUAAUGCAAAAAACAAGAAAAAAGUGUGUUCACAAACCGGCAAUGAAGUCACUGAUAAAUUAUACAUAAACUUUGAAAAACAUAAAGAAGUGUUUUUCACUAUUCGACUCAUGAGUCCACAGUCGGAACUGUCAGCACAAAACAAUGAAAUAAAGGACCCUGAUCCAUUGAUAGCAAGUGAUCUUAUGGAUGGACGUGAUACAUUUUUAACUAGGGCUCGUGAUGAGCAUUGGGAGUUUUCGUCGUUACGUCGUGCUAAGUAUUCUACCAUUUGCUUUUGCCAUGCUUUGCACAAUCAGGAGAAGGGCGAGGGACUUUCAUACACUUGCAAUAGUUGUCAAAAAACAGCUAUUUGGCAUUGUACUACAUGUGAAGAUUUCGAUCUCUGCAACAAAUGCUAUGAAACAAUGUCACAUCCGCAUAAGCUGGAGAAGGUUAGUACAUUAGUCGAAGAGGAAGAUAAACAUGAUUCAAGUAAUUCACGAACCGAAAGUAUUCAGCGUUGUAUCCAAUCGUUAGUACAUGCUUGUCAAUGCCGCGAUGCCAAUUGUCGUCGUUCAACGUGCCAUAAGAUGAAGCGUAUUGUGCAGCAUACCAAAGGUUGCAAGAAGCGACAAACUGCAAAUUGUGCUAUUUGCAAACAGCUUAUUGCACUAUGUUGCUAUCAUGCAAAACAUUGUAACGGAACCUCUUGCCAGGUACCAUUUUGUUUGAAUAUUCGGCAGAAAUUACAAGAGCAACGUAGAUCUCAGAAUCGCCGUGCUGAUAUGAUGAUGCGUCGGCGCAUGGAUAUGCUUUCUAAUGGAUAUGGUGGUACUAGUACACCAGGUCCAUCACAAACUGCUGGUUUGUCACAACCAGUAACAACUCAUCAUGGUCCUGGGACAUUACAAGGUUAUCAAAGUACAGGUAUGACGCAUCUGCAGCAUAUGCAAGUAGGGCAACCACAGAAUAUUAUUUCACCUGGACAACAGCAAAUGACGCAGAUACAGCUACAACAACAUCAGUAUCAUGGCAAAGGUGGAGGUCUAAGGGGAAACUCUCAAAUGCAUAUGAUAGGAGUGCCAACAACACUGCAGCAGAGUCAUUCAAUCUCACAAGUUCAGCAGCAACAAGCAACACAUCAGCAAACUGUGCGUAUGAAUAUGACACCACAGAUAAGUAGUAUGCAGAGGUCGGGAAUGGCUGGACAAAUGCAGCAUGCCCAGCAACCGUUAAAUCCUCCUCCAUAUGGACGUGGUGGUACUCAGCAAAAUGCUUAUAUGUCGGGUACAGCAGGACCAUCUUCUAGUUAUGGUAGCAGUAGUGGACAGUCAAUAAUGAUUGGGCAAAAUAUGUCACAAAAUUCUCAAGCACCAGCAAUCAUGCAGCAAGGAAUGCAAAAUUUACGUGCUAAAGUGUAUACAGGACAACCUAUUGAUCGCACUACACUGCAGCAAGAUCCACAAAUGCAAGCAAUAUUAACGAGGUUUAAAAAUGCAGAACGAACAGAAGACAAAGAUAAAGUAUUGAAUGAUUUGAAAAAAACUCCUCAUCUUUUUGCUGCUUUUUUCAAAAUGACCAGUAAUGAUAGAAGUAGUGGAGAUAUUAUGCAGGGCAUAAAUCAGCAGCAACUCAAUGCUAUGCAGCAGCAACAACAAGGAUUGAUGAGACAGCCACAGAUGGUCACUCAGCAAAGCGGGCAAUGGCAGCAGGGUACAGUAUCUCAGCAACAGUUUUACCAACAACAACAGCCACAAAUAUCACAAAGUAAUCAGCAGCAACCUAGGGGUCCAGGAGGUCAAUAUGCUUCCAUAAAUUCACAAACUCAGUUAAGCGGUACUACAAUGGCACAGCCUCAGCCACAACCACAAUGGCAGCAGCAGUUCCAGCGAAAUCCGCAACCUGUAAGUCCUGCAAUGCAGUCUCAAUUUAACCAGGUCCGUUCACCUCCAGUCGGCCGUUCACCAUCUGUAGGUAACGUCGCCCAGUCAUCACUGAUGCAGCCUGGUACGGCACAGCCAACUGUACAGCAAAUGCAACAAGGGACUGUUAAUCAAGAUCAGCAACCGUAUAGAUGA